GUAAACGUUCGUAUACAAGGGAGAUAGUAUGGAAGACCGCGUACAGCAGUUUCACACUGACGCCCAACGUCCACGCGACGCUCGAACCCCAAAAGAAAUUGAACGAUUGCGCAAGUUUCUCUUCAAAAAUCAAGAAUACAGGUUCACAGAGCGCGAGCAAUCACAUCUGUUUUGCGCAGUGCAAGCGCAUUUCGCAGCGCACGCCGACCUGCCAGACGAGGAAGCCAGAGAGCCAGCGCUUGGGCUGAUAGAUGAUGCACUUAAGAUGCCUUUUACUGUUUUCACAACAAGUCAGAAGAAAACUUUCUUGAAAUGGCACGCGAAGCUGACCGGUCAGGCGGAUGGAGGUGCUGCUGCUGGCAGCGCUUCGGCAGCACCAAAGCAGCAGCGCUUUCAAGUCUACGACGUAACAGAAACAUCCAUAAGUUGUAUGACCGCUGAUGGCGAUACGGCUGACAUCGACGUACAAACAAGCGACAAGGACCUUGUAGCCAAGGUGCGCGAGCUCUUCGACGCGGGUGUGGACGUGAACGUCCACCUGGAUGAGGGCCGCAAGAGCUUGGUCGGAAUAGUUCGGUCCGACUAACACCCGUCACACCCACGCCACCUCACUACCGGCGUUGCUGCUGCCGUGGCCUCCGCUUUCGCGUAAACCACUCCCAGAGCAGCUGACGGCGUGGAGGUUGUGGCUUGCUAAUCCUGGCUGCCGCUGCAAUGGCAAAUAUGUUGUCAGGACGCUGCUUGACACACCGGCUUAGGCAUGGGCGGUUGAGGAGUGAGGCAGGUGUAUGGACACUGGCAGGAAGCAUGCGCCUCACUGUUGCUUGAUCCCCAUCACGAGUGGGGCUGCGGGCUUGCGCUUAUAAGGAAUGGCAGGACGACACAGGACUAAGGCGGAUGGUGGAGUCAGAGCAGCAUUCCCUGCGGGUGCACCUGCUGUGCUUCCGGGACCUUGCAUUUUGACACAAUGUUGGGCUGUGAAGAGCGUGAGGAGAGUGGAGAGCGGUGUGAGUUAGGUCAUUUAUCCCUGUGGCCGCUGUGGGUUGUACGUGUGUGAUGUGAUGUGCGCAGGAGUGGAGGGCAGAGAGGAGAGGAAGGUAUGAGAGGCAUGAUGGAGGGGAGCCUGUGGGUGAAGCGCGCUGGGCUCAUUCUCAGUGCUUGCUUGCGAAGCGGCGAGAUGUUGUAUGACUGCAGGCCGCUGGCACCGGGGGCACUAUCGUGAGCAUGAGCCGAACCCCCGCUGCAUGCAGCCGUUGCUAGGGCUUGAGGGCUUGCUAGCGUGCGCUCGUCCUUUAGUAUAGACUGGCUGC